AUGACGGCGGUCGCCGUCGUCCUGCUGGCGGCAGUUGCGACUGCACAGGACACAGAACAGAGUUUCACCUCGGACACUCUGACCGCAAAAACUCAACCAGAGGAAAAGGUGACUGAAGCGAGAGGGCAGAUGACUUCGGAAGCGACUGAUGGUGGAAAGAAGAGCACAUCGACUCCAAGUGAUGAGGGACGGGGCACGAAUGGAAACGUAAAGACAUUUGAAGACACCGACCUGCAGCCCAAACAAGAAAUGGUUUCUUUCACCGUCAACCUCCCUCUUAAUUCUCUCAAUGGGGCAGCAGCCGGCGAUUUCCUCUUUGGAGAUAUGCUCUCGUCCUUCGGUUCUCUCUUCUCCAAUCUCUUCUCUGUAGAUGACUGGGACGAAGAAAUGGACACCGACAGGUACCCUGUGUCUCCUUCAACUGAAGUUCAGACCGUCGGAUCCUAUGGUUUAGCACCGACUUCACCGGCAAGUGGCAUGGUUUCGACGUUUGGUGGCUCUUUCUCUUCUUUUGCAACCGCAUUUGGGGAUUCCACGUCUCACCCGUUUGCUUCCGCCGGCCACGAGGGGGGAGGCGAAAACGCGUUUCCGGGAGAUGAAGCGUUUCUUCCCUUCCUCACUUCGGCCUACAUUCUUCCAGGUGUGCAGACUCUUCUCGGCAGUUUGAUGUCUCCUUUUCCUGACUCAUUCUCCGCCAGCUUCGAAUCUGGAGGCAUCGACGCAGCGGGAGGAAAUGGAGCGGGGAACUCGGGGAAUAGAGAAAGUUUUGGUGUCUUCAAUAUCCUGUCGAGUCUGAUCCAAGCUUCGCCAGAAAGCCUGGUUGGCCCGGAGAUUGUGUCGCACAUAACAGAGGAGAACUGUCUCUUCGAAGUCGACCUUCAUUCGCUGCCGGAAACAGCCUCGAUCACCGUAGGCGUUGAGGGCGACGCUGUUUUUGUUGAGUAUUCCAACACCUUUUCGGGACCUAGCGACAACACGAAAGCAGAUGACGUUACAGAGGAACCAGGUUCUGAACAUACAGCUGGUCUCGGCAAAACUGACGAAAGUGACGAAACUGGGGAAAAUAGUGCAGAGGGAGGCAACGCAGCACCGACCGAGGCCGCCGGUGAUCCGGAAAAGGGAACGCACGUCAGAAUGGAAAAGAAGAACCCCAGGCAAAACUUGAGAGGCACGGGGGGUGCGACAGCCAAUGUGUAUUCGUAUGAACGAUUCGUCAUUGAUCCCGUAUGCGACUACGAGAGUGCGGAUGCAAAGGCAGCGAAGGUCGAAGAUGACCGACUGCUUAUCAAGUUCCCUCUCAAAAAGGCGAGAAAAGACCAGGCAAGCGAGAACAAAGACAGUGCGCUGAAUAGCCAACCAGCGAGUGACAGGAAAAAGGACGAGAACCGUGAGAGUAGGAACACGGGAAACAUGUCGGCUCAGCCUCACAGCUCGGAGACAGAAAAGGCGACUGGUGUGACACACACGGAAACGAAAUCGGAGAAAAAGGAAGACAAAGAACACGCCAGAGAGGCGGAGCAAGUCCUCCAGAAGAACGAACAAAAGAGCGCACCGAAGCGCCUCGUGGAGAAGGUCUCGGCGCUGCAGUCAACCCAGCCGCGACGAAGAAUCUUGCCUUUGGUGGCGGCAGAAGAAUUUUAA